AUGGCACACAAGAAGAGCGAGUGCGGCGCGCACACAGAGAAGAGCACGGGCGCUGUGCAGAGCGGACGCAAGGCAGGAAAAAAGGAAAAUUCAUCCGCGCACGAUGCGCUUCCGCUCUCCUACAUAGACAGAUACUCUAGACAAAUGGUGAUAAAGGAGGUCGGGCUUGAGGGGCAGAAAAAGCUGAAGAGUUCGCGGGUUCUUGUGGUGGGUGCUGGCGGGCUGGGCGCACCCGUUCUUACGUAUCUGGCAGCCAUGGGAAUAGGGCACAUUGGCGUUGCAGACUCGGACCUUGUUGAGGAGUCAAAUCUGAACAGGCAGGUCCUGUACCGAGAAAGCUCGGUCGGCAUACCCAAAACAGAAGAGGCUGUUAAGGCGCUGCGCGCGCUGGGGUCGGCUAUAGAGUAUUCGGAGUACCCCAAAAUCACGCCUGAGAACAUUUGGGCAGUGGGGGCUGGAUACGACUUGGUGCUGGACUGCGGAGACAGCAGGCCGCUGCGGUACCUGCUAAGCGACUACAGCCGCGUUAGAGGCAUUCCAUACGUGGGCGGCUCGUCGCUGCGCUGGGAGGGGCACGUGUACACUUUGAGCAGCUUGUGCUAUAGGUGCGUCCACAAGCCGACAGGAUUCUACUCAAGCGGAACGUGCUCGUCUGCUGGCAUAAUAGGAAGCAUGUGCGGGGUGGUUGGGUCAAUAAUGGCGACCGAGGCCAUGAAGGCAGUGCUGGGGGUGGCGGCCGGAGAUGCCAUGCUGUACAUAAAUGGGCUAAAAAGCGACUUCAUGCGCCUGCAGCUGAACAAGAAGAAGUGCAAUGUGUGCAGCAGGCUGCCGAUGCUGACUCUCCCAGAGGCAAAAAACGCAGUGUUUCAGGAGUUUGCGAAGCUUGAGGCAGUAGAGGCAAAAGCCGGCGCCUGCCUGCUUAGCGACGUUUUGGAGAAGCUGGAGGCGUCUGCAAAAGAAAGCGCCCCCGGGAAGGCUGCAGCUCGGGAAAAGACAAAAUCUCAGGGCGAGGCGGAAGAGUCUGUCCACGACCGCCUGGCAGACAUGAGCAUAUAUGGACAGAGUCUAGACCCAAACGUGGAGGUGGCGUGGGCAGGGGUUUUGGAAAACCCAGGCAAAUACUUUGUCCUAGACAUGCGGUCGGCGGCCGAGCACAAGAUACUCCCCAUUCCGCGCGCGACUGUGUACGCGCUUGGAGACAUAAUCGACAACCCGAAGAAGGCCCGAGACUAUGUUGCCAAGAAGGCAAAGAGCCGGAAGGUGGUGCUUUGCUGUAGAAAUGGAAGCACGUCCAGAAAGUUUAUAAGAAUAUUUGGCGGAUUGAGCAUACACGGAGGCGCGCAGGCAUAUAUCGAGCACAAGAGACAUGCAGAGGCAGGGAAAUAA